GCAGAAUGCCAUCGAGAAAGAAGAGGGGGAGACCUGGUUACAAGAACCUGCCAUAUGCUAUGGCCAACAGCCAGAGGAACAGGAUGAUGAUGAUGAGGAGGAGGAGUCCAGCUCCAGCAGCAGGGCCAAGUCGUCUAAGAGGAAGGAGAAGAAAUCCAAGGACAAGAAGAAGGUGAAGAAAAGGCAUUGGGUGCACCUGGGCCCAGAAUGGGGUGAGACCAAAGAGGGCUUCAGGUGUACAAACAAGAAGAACUCAGUGCCCAGAAAUCCAAAGUUGAAGUGGCUGGCAGCAAUUGACAAGGAGAGAUACCCACCUAGCACCACUUGCAUGCUCAGUGAACUCCAACUAGAGCAGCUGCUUUGGUGCUUGACUGGGCUUUCCCCUAAGAUUUCUGUGAAAGACUUGGAUGUGAAGACCAGAUGUGAGUUGACCCUUGGCUGGACUCAGAAGCAGCUGAUCAAGGACCAGGAAGACUUUUCCAAUUUGGAUGAAUACUCAAAUCAGCUGGGCUGGUACAAUUUGUGGAAGAAGACUUCCAAGAAGGGAGCAGACCAGCAAGACAGUCCUCCCCCACCUUCUGUCUUUCAGGAGUACAGCAAGAUCAAAGGGCCCAAUGGAGAGCUUGAAGUAUGCCAUGUGGAGAGGGGCAUGAAGGUGGUGGUGGGCCCACCACAUGCUCCCAUUGCCUUGGCCUACAGAAACUCUUGCUACUACUUGAAGCUGGCAGAGACAAGCAAGACUUCUGAGGUGCUGAUGAAAGCAGAUGAUGUGUUUGAGCAUGCUGAUGGUGUGCAAGCUUGGUAUGCCAAAGUGGCAGAGACUGCACUGCUGAACCAGGAGGACAUGUGGGCUCAGCAGUAUAUCAGCCAGAUGAAAGGACUACCUGAAGGGCAUUGGCAAGCUGUGCAACUUGCAAACUUGGAGCAGCACCAAGACCUCAGGGACAUUGAGGACCUGAACAGCUACCAGUUGUCCAGAGACUUGUUCUGGGAGUCUGAGAAGAGAGUGAGGUACACCAGUGUGGGCCUAACCCCCUAUGAGAUUCACUGCUUGAAGGAAGACCUGCAUGAGGAGUAUGCACACCAUGGUAAGAAGUUGGUGUCAUUGUUUGGCAAACCCAAGGGGGCUGGCCAAGCAGUGAAGGCCUUGCUGAACUUGUUUAGGAAGCAACAUGAUUGGGGCCAAGGGGAGAUGGUGAAAGUUGACACAAUCCACUUUUCUGUCCUGAAGCACCAGUUGGUGGUGGCAUGGUCCCAAUUAUAUGAUGACAUGGAAGGAAUGAGGCUGAAGUUGAACCAUCCAGAAAAGGGUGUGGUGUGUGAUUGUUUCCCUGCCACAGCCUUGAUGCCCAUGCUGUGCAUCCAUUCCAAGUUCACCAGAGUCCAGAUGAAGGGUGGAUUUGAGCCCAACAUCAUGGAGACCUUGUGCCCCACCUGCUCUUGGUGCAUCAGAUGUGGCAAGUGGCUUGGCUGCACAUCCACUGGGUGGUUCUGCAAAGUUGCUAUGGCCAAGAGCAAGGGCAACUUGGCUGCCUACAAGGCUGUUUCUGAGAAGGCCUGCCAGCUUGCACAGGCUUUGUUCCACAGUGGCUAG